AUGUCAACUUUCAUGCGCACAUCUCCCACUCAAUGGUUCACUGUGCGCUGCUCAAUGUGUUUUCUCUGUGUCUUAUUUCAUGUCUCUCCUGCGGCUAGAUUCGGUGCGAGGAUUUUUGCUCAAUGUGUUUUCUCUGUGUCUUGUUUCAUGUCUCUCCCACGGCUAGAUUCGGUGCGAGGAUUUUUGCUCAAUGUUCUAGUGUUUCCUCUGUAUCUUUUGAUGUCUCUCUGGUUCUGGGGGCUUAUAUCUGCGGUGCAUACCACUUGUGAGUGGUUCCCACUGUUGAAUCUGGGGGCUUCUAUUUGCGGUGCAUACCACUUAUUUUCUUCAGAGUGUAUGGCUUCGGUGAGGAGGGGCCCCCUCAUCGAAGUCGUGCACUUCCCUAAUUUUUUCUUCAUGUGGUUUGCGUUAUGA